GAAAUUUGCCGGCUUUUAGGUUGUCUGGUUUGUUUUAAUCCGCUACUCAGAAACACUCCUUCACUCACUGGAUUGUGUGCGGUGUGCCAGAGAGAUGGAUGUCAAUACGGGUCUUUCGUAAAAUAAAGUAAAACAAAACCCAGUGGCCAGUGGAGAGGGAGGAGUGAAGUGAAGAAGUUGAGAGAAGGGCGAGAGAGAUGCUUUACAGCCGCCAGCUUUUCAAUUUCAUGGCAAACAAAGAUGUGAGGAAGAUGCUCAAGCGCAAAGAUAGUGAUGCUGGAGAAAGAGGACCAGUGAUAGCUAUGUGUACCGGUGAAGACUCUCUCCCUCUGGAUAGAAUAUAGGGUACCUGCACUUGAUCUUCCAAUGUAGGACAUUUUGGGGAGAAGAGACAAAGGUUUUAUGUUUAUAUUUUGCACUUCUCUGCAUGUGGCUUAAACAAUGGACCAUCUGCUUUCAUGUUUGAGGGGACACCUAUCUGUCGAGUUUUUGAGAAGAAAACUUCAUCAGUUUUUUGAAGCUUGAGAAAUGUCAACCAGGACAAGACUGCGCCUUUUACCCUCCCGACAUGCAUUGGAAGACUUCCGAGCAUCGCUGUUUAACAAAUUUCGCUUGUCUGAAAAUCCAAAACGACAACAGCAACGUAAAUGUGGCCCAGUUGCUGCUCUAACUUUCAACUUUGUAGUUGCUGUUGGUAUUAUUUUUAUGAACAAAUGGGUGCUUCAGGGUGUUGGAUUCCAUUUCCCUAUAUGUCUUACUUUUAUUCACUAUGUGACAAGCUGGGCAUUGAUGGCCAUUUUGAAAGCCUUUUCUGUGCUUCCAGCAUCUCCUCCAACAAAAUCAACCAGUCUGGCUUUAUUUGCUCUUGGCUUUGUUAUGUCUCUGUCAACUGGCCUUGCUAAUGUCAGCUUGAAGUACAAUAGUGUGGGUUUUUACCAGAUGGCUAAGAUUGCUGUUACACCAUCAAUUGUUCUGGCGGAAUUCCUAUGGUUAAAAAAGAGAGUUUCUUUUCUCAAGGUGGUGGCGCUUACCGUAGCAUCAGUUGGUGUUGGUGUGGCUACAGUAACUGAUUUGCAAAUCAGCCUCUUUGGUUCCUGUGUGGCAAUUGCCUGGAUUAUACCCAGUGCAGUAAACAAAAUCCUCUGGUCCAGUCUACAGCAGCGGGAGAGCUGGACGGCCUUGGCUUUGAUGUGGAAAACUACACCAAUCACACUAUUUUUCCUGGUUAUUUUGGUUCCAUUCUUGGAUCCCCCUGGUGUGUUCUCCUAUGAUUGGUGCUUCAAAAACACAAUGCUAAUUCUCAUAUCUGCUGUUCUUGGCUUCUUGCUUCAGUGGUCAGGUGCUUUAGCACUUGGGGCAACAUCUGCAGUCUCUCAUGUUGUUCUCGGUCAAUUCAAAACCUGUGUCGUGCUUCUCGGAAAUUAUUAUCUUUUUGGCUCCAAUCCGGGCACCACGAGUAUCUGUGGCGCAUUCGUAGCUAUUGGUGGUAUGUCUGGUUACACUUAUCUCAAUUUACUGACUACAAGGUCACAAGGAUUAUCGAAAUCUAAGUUGAGCAAGGAAGAUGAGAACGGUCAUGAUGGAUACGGAGAGGAAUCUGUCUAACCCCAGAAUUCUCCACCAAGACAAGUUUCUCUCACUAGAUGAUAAUUAUUCUUUCCAUGUGUUUCUUUAACCUAGCUUUUUGUAUCAUUGAUUCAUUUUUUCGCUUACAAAGCUCUGAUUUAUGAAUUAGCGGCUUUAUCUUGUUCAAUCUUUGUAAAAGAAAAUUAUAUUAAUCUAGGUAUAAGUGAUUAGUAUUAUGCCACUAGCUAUGCUUCACUGGCUUAUAUGUUAAAUCGCUUUUCGACGUUGUAAAUACAAUUGAAGCGGGGAGUUUUCUUGUC